CCUUGGUAAGAAAACCCCUCAACUGAAGCUUGUCAAUUUUGUGCCCUUUUUUGCUUUCAGCUCAGCUCUCUGUGGAAAUAUGUGAAUGACCCACAUGCUUUCUUCUGCUAGAAACCAUUGUCAUCUGGAUUACAACCCCUCUCUCUCUGUCUCUCUCGGAAGUACUUGUAGAUUCUGUUCUCUCUUCUUGCCAUGUUUGCAUCCAGAACCCGUAAAAGGGUGUUCAACUUCUCUGAAAUGAUUGCCAAACUUAAUCACAUUGUACUUUUCUCACCUGUUUUGUAUGAUGAACCAAUAACUAAGCAAAACCCGUCUUUUAUUUCGGUUAAAGUUCGAUGCUUUCGCACUUCUGGACUUAGCAAUGACACAAAAGUCUCCGUUACUGAAUCAACGCAAUCACCCAAUUUCACUUCAAGACUCUCUCGGUUAGCUAGGACUGAAGCUCAGCACGUACUCUUUGAUUAUUUGCAUUGCACUAGGAGCUUCAGCUUCACGGACGCUGAGCACAUAAGCAAGAACUCCCCUCAUUUUCUUCAGAAUUUGCUCUCCAAGAUUGAUGGUGAGAAAGAUGUUGCUCGGUCUUUGACCAAAUUCCUGCGGUACAAUCCCAUUAAUGAGUUUGAACCAUUUUUUGAGAGUUUGGGUUUGAGGCCAUCUGAGCUACUGAUGCUUCUCCCACAGCACUUGAUGUUUUUGAGCGAUGAUUGUGUUAUGCUUGAGAACUUUCAUGUUUUAUGUGAUUAUGGGAUUCCCCGUUGUAAGAUCGGUAAAAUGUAUGAGGAAACUACAGAGGUUUUUGAAUAUGAUAAUGGGAUAUUAGCUUUAAAACUUCAAGCUUAUGAAACAUUGGGUUUGAGUAGACCCACAGUUAUUAAGCUCGUUAGUUGUUGCCCCUCACUGUUGAUUGGUGGUGUUAACAGUGAAUUUGUCAAGGUUCUUGAAAGAUUGAAGAGAUUAGGGAUUGAAAUUAAUUGGAUUGGAGGGUUUUUAUCUGGUAAAAGCACCUACUACUGGAACAGAAUGCUUGAUACUCUGGAUUUUCUUGAUAAAGUGGGCUAUAGGGAGGAGCAGAUGCAUUGUUUGUUUAAUAAAAAUCAUCCAUUGCUGUUUGAAGGUUCCGGGAAGAAGGUGUAUUUAUUGUUUGGUCGAUUACUCAAAUUGGGUCUCAAGAUGAAUGAGAUCUAUACUCUUUUUACACAGAAUCCUCAAAUUUUGUCAGGUAAGCGUGUAAAAAAUCUUCUGCUAGGAAUGCAUUUUCUACUAGAUAUUGGAAUGGGUUCAGAAGACAUUGCAAGCAUCAUAUCUGCCCAUAUCCAACUUCUGGGUUUGCACACUCUGAAAGGACCCAAAACCGUUUGCAAAGACUUGAAAGUUGGAAGAGAUGGUCUAUGUAAAAUUAUAAAGGAAGAUCCAAUGAAGCUGUUUGAGUUGGCAUCUAAAGCGAAAGUAAAGAGCACUGAGCAGGCAUCUUCCGAAUAUCCUAGUAAGCACCUGGAUAAAACAACAUUCUUGUUGAGAUUGGGUUACAUGGAAAACUCGGAUGAGAUGACGAAAGCUUUGAAGCAAUUUCGAGGCAGAGGAGAUCAAUUACAGGAGAGGUUUGAUUGCCUGGUGCAAGCUGGUUUGGAGUGCAAUAGCGCAGCAAACAUUGUUAAACAAGCUCCUAUGGUUCUUAACCAGACCAAAGACAUUAUUGAAAAGAAGAUUGAUUGUUUAAGAAACUAUUUAGGUUACCCAGUAGAAUCCGUGGUGGCAUUCCCAGCAUAUUUAUGUUAUGAUAUGGAAAGAAUCAGACAAAGAUUUUCAAUGUAUGCUUGGCUGAGGGAAAGAGGUGCAGCAAAGCCAACAUUGUCCUUGAGUACUCUCCUUGCAUGCUCAGAUGCACGCUUUCUAAGAUAUUUUGUAGAUGUCCAUCCUGAAGGUCCGGUCAUGUGGAAAAGUAUAAAGAACCAUCCACCUUCAAGCUAAGAACUUUUUUGUAUCCUUCGGUCUUAUAAACAUAUUUACUUUCUAAUAAUAAUAAUAAUAAAAAAAAGAAAAGAAAAAAGGCACCACAAUUGUGUAACAA